ACCCUAUAUUUUGCUUCCCAAGAAAAGCUGUUUCUCUUUCCUACUCCGAUUAUUGGAUUCUUCGAGAGAAGAAGUAGCAGCGAUGUCGCAGCAAGGUCAAAUUCCGAUAAACCCCAUGGUUCCUCCGCAGAACCCUAUGGCUGCCAUGCAGGUUCCCAUGCCCAUGCACAUGCAGAUGCAGAUGCCCAUGCCAUUACCCAUGCAGUUGCAGAUGCCUCUCCCCAUGCCGCUCCAGAUUCCCUUCUCCAUCCACGACGCUGCCGCCUCCUCCGGUAAGCGCCGUCGCGAUGACGAGGCUCCCGGAACCGCUGCCGCGAUGGAGCAGUCUGCGGCGAAGCGCGCCAAGGGACAGGACGUCAUAUUCAGGAUCGUCGUGCCCUCGCGCCAGAUCGGCAAGGUCAUCGGGAAGGAGGGGUGCCGCAUACAGAGGAUUCGAGAAGACACCAAAGCAACCAUCAAAAUCGCUGACGCUAUCGCCAGACAUGAAGAGCGAGUUAUCAUUAUUAGUUCUAAGGAUAAUGAUGAAAAGGUUACUGAUGCAGAGAAAGCUCUUGAGCAAAUAGCACAUUUAAUUUUAAAGGAAGAUGAUAGCAGUCUUGAUUUGUCAAAAGUUGCAGCAGGACAUGUGGCUGCCAAUACAAUUAGACUUUUGAUUGCUGGGUCCCAGGCAGGUGGAUUAAUUGGGAUGUCUGGUCAAAACAUUGAGAAAUUGAGGGACUGUUCUGGUGCCUCGAUUACUGUUCUUGCACCAAAUCAGUUACCUUUAUGUGCUUCUGCCCACGAAUCUGACAGAGUAGUGCAGUUAUCAGGAGAUCUUCCUUCGGUAAUGAAGGCUUUGGACGAGAUAGGUUGUCAACUAAGGGAAAACCCACCAAGACAAGUGAUUUCAAUUAGUCCAACAUACAAUUAUGCUGCAAUUCGACCAUCCCAACCAUAUCUUGACCCAACUUCAGUUGAUUAUGUUACAUUCGAGAUGCUGAUUUCGGAAACGAUGGUUGGUGGGUUGAUUGGCCGAUGUGGCUCAAACAUAUCGAGGAUCAGAAAUGAAUCUGGAGCAAUGAUCAAGGUUUAUGGCGGUAAGGGUGAACAAAAGCAUAGACAAAUUCAAUUUGGUGGUAGUGCUCAACAGGUAGCUUUGGCAAAACAGAGAGUUGAUGAAUAUAUUUACUCUCAGUUGAUACAACAGACUGGCACCCAACAGUCAGCGGAAUAAUUUUUAUCAGAAAGGACCAAAAUUUAAAAGAUUUGUGGUCUAUUCAGCUUCCAGAGAUGACACCAAGAAAGCCAAAAUGUGUAGCUCCUGCUCUGAAUCCAGCCAGCUACCUGGGGGGUUUAUUUGUGUUAGUAAGAUGUGUUUGAUGGAUAUAAUUUGUUUUAGUGGAUUGUUCAGUUGCUGCUGAUGUUCAAACUUUUCUCAGCUUGUACUGUAUCAAUUGUUGUUAGUUGAAGGUAUAUAUAAUUUUUUUUAUACAUAAAUAUGAAUGUGUAAAAUGUAACAUUUGUUUCUGUUGAUAUGUCUCUGACUAGUUUCGAAUGUUAUUAUAGCAUCUUAUUUUCUGCU